AUGACUGAAGCGUUAUGGAAAUUUUAUAAAGCACCAACAGAUGAUAAUACAGAUGUUAUUAUUGGAAAAAAAUUCUUUCAUUUAUUGUUGGAUAAAAUAAAUAAAUUGAAUUAUUUUUCAAUUAAUCAAAAAUUUUAUUUAGAUGCUGAUAAUGAUAAUAAUCAAAAUCAAUUAAUCAUAACAUUAUUCUCAAAAAAAUGCAAAUUCAGCAUUAAUUUAAAUUCAACAAAUAAUCAAACAAUUGAUGAUGAACAAGAUGAUGAAAUGUGUCAAGUAUUUGGUGGUGCUGAAGCGGAAGAUCUAGUUGAUAACAAAAAUUAA